AUGGAUAAAAGUGGUGUACUCUUAGGUUUGGAGAUUCAUGGCUUCCGCACCAUGGAAGAUUUGGAUUUUCCCACUAUGAUAGAGGAAGCCAAAUCGAGAUGGCUCAGACCGAACGAGAUUCAUGCCGUGCUCUCUAACUACAAGCGCUUCACUGUUUAUGUCAAACCCAUGAAUUUGCCAAGAAGCGGCACGGUUGUGUUGUUUGAUCGUAAGAUGCUCCGGAAUUUUCGAAAAGAUGGUCAUAAAUGGAAGAAGAAGAAAGAUGGAAAAACUGUUAAAGAAGCUCAUGAACACUUGAAGGUUGGUAAUGAGGAAAGAAUUCAUGUUUACUAUGCACAUGGAGAAGACAACCCAACUUUUGUUCGCAGAUGUUACUGGCUACUCGACAAGUCAAUGGAACAUGUAGUCCUUGUGCAUUAUCGUGAAACUCAAGAGGGUUCUUUAGCCACACCUGUAAACUCCAACUCUAGUUCUGCCGCCCUUGAACAACCUGCAUCUCAACAGUUGUUUGAAGAAUUUGAUUCUGCAGUAGAGCGAACGCAUUAUGGUGCUGACAUGUCGCCUUUAGAGCGUAAUGAUAGUAUGACCAUUAAAAAUCAUGAGCAGAGACUUCAUGAGAUAAAUACGCUUGAAUGGGAUGAGCUUUUAGUCCCUGACGGUCCCCAGAAGCUGAAUUCGUUACAAGAAGGUACAGCUCAUCAUGUCCAUAUUAUAAGACAGCGCUGGCUGCAAUUAUUAAUUAAUGCAUUGUUUCAUUUACAGGACGAUGGCAUAAUAAGCAGUAAGGUUAACCCAGAAAUUUCAGCAAACAGUUUCUUUGGACAAGUUACCCACAAUAAUGCCGCUAACCAUUGUAAUCCCAACACAAUAUCCUACCAGGCAGUGGGUUCUGAGAUGAAAGUGAAUUCAAACAGUAUGGUGUCUGGACUAGAACAAUUAAGUUGUUCGCAAGCACAAGACAGUUUUGGUACGUGGAUGACUUACGCCAUUGCUGAUUCUCCGGAAUCAGUCGGGGAUCAGGUUAUGCAAUCCUCAAUGUUAGAUGGGCAUCAAUCGUUCACAUAUCCUAUAGUUGAUCAUCACCAUCCUCCACCGGGCCAGAUAUUCAAGAUAUCGGAUAUAUCACCUGCAUGGGCUCUUUCAACGGAAGUCACAAAGAUCUUGAUAGUUGGGUCUUUCAGUGAAGGAUUUCUACCCCGUUCGGACUCCCGAUUGUAUCUUACAUGCGGAGAUUCAAUUAUUGCAGUGGAACUUGUCCAAGCUGGAGUGUUCCGUUGUUUAGUUUCUCCUCAAACUCCCGGAUUAGUGAAUCUAUAUUUAACUAUUGAUGGGCAUACACCUAUUAGUGAAAUCAGAACUUUUGAAUUCCGCACUCCAGCAAAUCCCAAUAAUGCAAUUUCAUAUGAAGAUAAGAAUGAUUGGGAAGUCUUCCAACUUCAGAUGAGGCUUGCUCGUUUAUUGUUCUCAUCGUCCAAGGGCUUGUAUCUUUACUCCACUAAACUAUCCCCUAAUGCUUUAAGGGAAGCCAGAGCUUUUGCUCGAAAAACUAAACACGUCUCUGAAAGCUGGGUGGUGUUGAGCAAAAUGAUUCGUGAUGCCAAAAUUCCCUUUUCCCAGGCAAAGAAUAGACUAUUUGAAUUGACUUUACAGAAUCGACUUCACGAAUGGUUGAUAGAAAAAGUGGUGGCAGGGUGUAAAGUUUCUGAACGUGAUGAACAAGGUCAGGGCAUAAUUCACUUAUGUGCUAUCCUGGGUUAUACUUGGGCUGUGCACCCGUUUUCAUGGUCUGGUUUGUCGUUAGAUUAUCGGGACACAUAUGGAUGGACCGCUUUACAUUGGGCUGCAUAUUAUGGAAGGGAGAAAAUGGUGGCAACCCUAUUAUCAGCUGGGGCAAAGCCGAACUUAGUCACAGAUCCAACCCCACAAAUCCCCGGUGGAUGUACCGCUGCUGACCUGGCUUCCAAGAAUGGCUAUGACGGCUUAGCUGCUUAUCUUGCUGAGAAGGGUUUGGUUGCCCAAUUUAAUGAUAUGACGUUGGCAGGAAAUGUUAGCGGAUCACUACAGACCAACUCAAAUGACAUAAUUAACCCUGGAAAUUUCACUGAGGAGGAAUUGCAUCUGAAGGAUGCUCUUGCAGCUUACAGGACUGCUGCUGAUGCCGCCGCACGUAUUCAGACUGCUUUCAGAGAGCAUUCACUCAAGGUACGAACAAAAGCAGUUCAGUCGCUUGAUCCAGAGAUUGAAGCACGUAAUAUUGUUGCGGCUAUGAAGAUCCAACACGCUUUCCGCAACUAUGAGACGCGCAAAAAGAUGGCUGCUGCUGCUAGAAUACAAUACAGGUUUCGUACCUGGAAGAUACGCAAGGAUUUCCUUAACAUGCGGCGGCAGGCUAUUAAAAUUCAAGCUAUUUUCAGGGGUUACCAGGCCAGGAGGCAGUACCAAAAAAUUGUUUGGUCGGUUGGCGUCCUUGAGAAAGCUAUACUACGCUGGCGGCAGAAGAGGAAAGGCUUUCGUGGGCUUCAAGUUCAGCCCGAUGAAAUCUUUAAAGAACCAAAUCAAGAAAAUGACGUGGAAGAAGACUUCUUCCAAGCCAGCAGGAAACAGGCCGAGGAGCGUGUUGAGAGAUCGGUUGUGAAGGUUCAAGCGAUGUUUCGUUCGAAGCAGGCUCAGGAAGCGUACAGGAGGAUGAAAUUAGAACAUAGCAAAGCUGAGCUUGAAUACGGAGGACUUUCCAAUCCCCAUGUCGAAAUGGGUUAA